AUCCCUGAGUAAACUCGAGUAAACCGAACAUAAAUAUCCCGCGCCUUUUCACUCCUUUCUGCUCAGCAGUGAUGAAUGGGGCAGCGUCGCAGGGAUCACUCGGCCUCGUUAUUAACGUUAUAACGUUAUCUCUCGCGUCACUUAUGUCCCCAACAACGACGGCUGCUGCUGCUGCGGAGGAGGAGGAGUAGGAGGACUGGACUGGACUGCGGUUCAGGUGCACCGCUGUGAUUGAGAGACACCGAAGUUCAACCCGGUAGGACAAAGAUUAACACUCGUCUGAAGGAUUACAUGAGAAGCGUGCAUGUUUUGAAUCGAGCUCGGCAGUUUUUUCGCCUUUUUGUCGCUGGUGAUGGGAUUCCUUCAGGAGCGACCUGCCGCCUAACGUUCACCCCUGUGAGGUAAGAGUGAAGCGAAAUGACGGUUAACUAACAAAAGAGAGAGGAAACGGGAUGCUGAGUCAGUUUGUACACGCGUGGGGGCUCUUUAAGUGAGUUUUUGUGGGUGAAAGUUAACUCCAGCCCUAAAGAGUGGUUAGUUAUUCGCAAAUAGGGAUGUCAGAUGGAGUGAAACACUCGGCCAAGUCGUGAGUAGGGAAGACUGCUACGAGCAAUUGUCACAAGUCCCCCCUGCGCGAGCGUCCCACCUUCUCAGUAUCACUACCUAAAUUUGGGGUCAUGAUACGGUUUCAAAUGCGGGUUUGGCACAGCUGACUGCCGGUUGUCGGUGCACAGUUUAAAAGCACGCAAACUUGUGGUAAGUGAGUGCAAACGGGACAGACAACAAGGCUGCCAUUGUACCGGAUCAGCGGCGGAUUAACGGAAUUCCUUUUCUCUGCACUGUCUGAAUGGCCUUCAGUCUCCCUCCGUUUCUCUCUCUCUUUCUGCUUCUUUGCGGAUAAAACAUCUUGAUUUCAGCCACUUAAACUCACGCACUUGUUAGGAGCCGUAAACACAAAGACCUCACACCCUGCUGCCAUUGAACUAAGAGUCCAAGAGAGCUGGUGUCAAACAUGUGGAUGGGACAGGUUUAGUUUGUGUUGUCAGGGCUUUAGGCUGUGAAAGGGUGAUUAGUAAACAGCAGUGCUAUUAAAGUCUAUUCUGUUUCAACUUUUGAGUUAUCAUUACAUGUAAUAAGGGUCAGUAAAUAGUGAUAAUUUUCUUUAAUUUUGUCAUUUUUACCAUUUACAUUCGUAUAUUGACAGAUUUUCCCGAUCAUGAGCUUAAAAUUCAGAUAAAGUUUGCAUUAAGAAAAGCAGCGAAUCCUCACAGUGAAUAUGUACAUCCCAGUAGUUUUGGUCCUUUUGUGUGAUAAUUGAACUCAAAAAACUUAUCAGCCCUAAAAUUAGCACUAUGAAGUUGUUAUUUUAACUGUUUCAUCAUAAGUAAACAGCUUUUUUUGGUGAUGCCAUCCCUCUCCAAACUCCUAACUGUGCAGAGUAAAUAAGCAUAAUAGCAUAUUUGUGUCAAGAGGGUCUUUGGGGUUUUAUUUGUCUGCCUCUCUGCCAAAAAGCUGCUGUCCCAUGACUUUAAAAGGACUGUUUAAACACUCUUGAUUACAAUAAGAGCAGCAAACAUGAUAGAAGCCGUAGCUCUGCCAUGUUUUCACACAAUAAACAAGCCCAGAUUAUUUAAUUCUUCCUCCACCAGUCCUCCCACCCUGUGUCCAUACACUUGCACAUCAUGCACAACAGGCACCAUGCUCCCCCCCUCCCCCCUGUGUAUGUAGCCAACCAACAUGUGGGGAGGUAAUCCCAGCUAUUAGGGUAAUCUCCUCAGUAUGACGAUCAAUAUGGGAGGGUGCACAAGGACUACUGGACAAGAGUAGCGGGGGGACAAAAUUUGAGCUAAAGAAAAAUGAUUUAAUCAUCCAGAUUAGGUCAGGAGACUGGGGUCUGGACAGGGGCUUGUUGCUGGAUGGGGGGAGGGGAGCAGACAGAGCAGACAGGAAGAUGUGAGGGGUAAGGCCAUCUCCACUUAGGGCAGAUAGAUCCCCCCUGUGUGACAAUGGGAUGAAAACUGUUAUACUCUCCAGCCUGGGGUCGGUGAAAUCAACAUAGACAUGGCUUUGUAGUGAGAAAUAAAGGAUCAGGUGGACAAGCUGAGAGGAGAGGUUAUAUUCAAAUAUAUAUAUAAAAAAUAGCAGUUUGGCUUUGUUUAAGAUGCUUUAGUAAAAAGUUACACUCAAAAGUUGACUCCAACAUAUAAUGUUUAAAGUCUUUUUAGCUUUAAAAUGAGACAAAUUGAAGACAAAGAGGUGGAUCAGAACAGGUGAAAGUCAGUGACGCUGCUGUUCCUGCAGAUGCAUUACAAGAUGAGUGAUGUUAGCAGAUCACAUAAACCAUAAUUAGAUGUUUGUAUUCCUGCUGUUCCAUGUAUUCAACAUAUUUCUGCAAGUCAAAUCAAGCCAUUAUGUUUACAGACGCACAGAUGGAUUCAGUUUAACAAAUAUCUGCAAAUAUUGGCACAUUAGUAAAUAAUACACCAUGUUUCUCUGCGUACUGAAGUGUCCCAUCUUUGUCUUCAUCACAUAGAUGUAAAUCUUAAAGCCAUUGCACCUUACUGCAAGGAGCCCCUGCUCAACAGACUGACUUUUUUGUGAUAAAGUGUGCAAAAAGCACGACAGUAACACACAGUCUGUAAAAGAUAAGCAGCAAGCAGUUUGUAAUCUCACAGCUUAUUAAAAAAAAAUAGACUCACAACACGUCAGCUGUAGGUUAAUGGCUUAUUUCAAACAUCAGUGUUAAUUUACUCAGUAGGUGCAGCUCUAAUUAUAAUAAAAUGUAAUAUAAUAAUAUGUAAUAUAAUAAAGUGUAAAAGCUGUUACUGAAUUUUCAAAUCGACAGCAUCAAGUUGUCUCUAGGACCUCAGUAUCAAAAAGGCCUUUUUGUCUUAAUCAUGUUGACCCAAAGUAAGGUCAAAGUCAGUAACUGCCAGGAUUAGGUUCACCCCCGCCAUUGUUCUGGACAAAGUUUGUAUUGUACGCUCCCUUCUGCAUGAGUUUCUUUGGUUAGUGGGGGGAAAGUGACAUUAACGAGCAUGACAAAGUUCAGAGAGUUGAAAACGUUGAGCUGACUUGUUUUUUUUUUUUUUUUUGCAUUGCAUAAAAUAGCUUCUGUGCGGGGAAACAAACACCUUUACAGGCCACUAGGUGUGCAGCAGGAAAAAUUACCUUAAAAUGUCACUGCAUAGGGUUGUAAUUUUUGGAAAGAGAUGACGUUGUGUUUGCAUCCACCUAUAGGAUUUUUAUGCAAAGUUAGUUCUUGCAAAUUGCUCCUUUUAUGCUCUGAUGUUCUAUAGGGGAUGUCAUUCAAUCCAACAGGAUACUAGAUCCUAAAUGGCACAGGGAAGCUCUGAAGAGAAAUUUUGUUCAGUUCUUGUUUAAUGAUAUGGAAAGAGAAAUGAUUUUUACAGAGCUGAAACAAUCCAAUAAUAAGCAGAUAAAAGCUUUUAUAGUUUGAAUAUUUCCAAUUUUAGUGUGAUAUUAUUGCAACUAUCGGGUGUCCAGAUUCAGCAAAAUAGAAGGGCAUUAUAAAGUAUUAAAGUCUUAGUCAUCAUCUUAGUAGGUGUUACAUACAUCUGCAGCAUGUCCCUUUCUACAUUCAGUUGUAUAAACAAUAACUAAAGGUAUUAUUUCAGAAUUAAAGUACAAUAUUCACACCCUGAAUGUCUCCAGUGCAGGAACUGGUGUCUACACACAGGCAAAAUGUCCAGAUGGAAGAUGGGAGGGAUGAGUAAGGCGUUCACAGAUCCCUUCUGCUCUGCCCCAUUGAGACAGGGGGAGACGAGAUUGGAUGGGUCUGAGGGAGUCAGGUUACUAUCGGCCCAUUCUGCUCCAAAGGAUCUGUGGUGUUAAAGAUGCAAUACCCCUAUGGGAAACCUAAUCCAGACCCUGCUGCCAGCUGUCAUUCUUUUGCUCCAGGGUAAAAUCGCUAAGCAGGUAUCGCCUUACCCUUCAAUCCUUUACCUUAAUCAUGGCAGCAAGGAAGGACCUACACCUCAGUCUCAACUACAAAUUAAUGCUGUCUUUGAUAUUUGAGAAAUUUGAUGUUAAGCAUUAAAAGAAAGAGCAAACCCUAUUCUCUGAUGAAUCUGAGUGCGCCCUCAUCUUAAUUACUGUUCCUUAUUUUAUGUUCUCCAACUGUCAUGUUUGAAAUUUGAUAGAAGUCAUGAACGGGCAAUCAUGCUAAUCAGAAAAGUUAAAGGUAAACAAAUCAUCCAUUAUAAACGACACACAGACAUACAGAUCAAAGUUUGCUUGUGUAAAUUUACAUGUAAGCAUAAUUUUGGCUUUAUUAAAUUGUUAGUAGAAGGGUUGCAUGAUAUUUGAUUUUUGAGAAAAUCUGAAAUGCCAAUAUUUUCAAACUAGGCCUGCGCAGUACCUUUUUUUCUUAUACUCUUGAUCGAGGGAUGCACAAUAUCUACUGAAAUCUGAUAACCAGAUUAUUCAAACUGUGGAUGAACAUUAGUGUUUUGUGCUGGUAUCUGAGUAGCCGAUAUUUUCAACCUAGAGGUGUAUGAUAUUGUUUGUAUAGGUGUGUGUGUGUGUGUGUGGUAACAGCGUAUCUCCCUUGUCGCUCAAGGAGAUACGCUGUUACGUUCACGUUACAUUACGCGUGCCACUCGCUAUAUAGACGGUGUAUAAGAUUGAACGUUACUCUUCACAUUAAUGGAAGAGGGUCCAACAGGAUUUGAUGCACUCGUUGAUGACUCAAAACAAUUCGAAAAUAACGCUGUGUGUUGUUGUGCUCACACAAUGUGAGUAGAAAUCAUUAGUGGCGCAUUGAUAUAAAUGAUCAUGUGAAAUUUUAGUAGCGGAGCACAUAAUUCUGCUAAAUGAAUGUGGGGGAAACACUGCUCAGGAAUAUAAACUAGUAUACUGUGUUAUUUAGUAUUUAUCUUCAUUUGUUGUACUGUUGAGUUAAAAUGUUUUUUAUAUUUUUCUAAGUUAAUCUUAUUUAACUUGCUUUUUCAUUUACUUUGCACGUUAAUCAAAUGUUGAACUAAUCUCUAGUUUCUUUAGUUUUUAGUACAGAUGCGUUAAAACUGGCAGUUUUAAGAAAUAAAAAAAAUUGUGAUAAUGAAGAUCAGACAAUAAGACAAAAUAUAUUGUGACCGUUUUUUGCCAAAUCACCAAGUCCUAAUUCAAAAUUUCUCUUUUAGCAGAAUUGACAUGUUACUCUCUUGUUACAGUCCAUUUGUUUGGGAAACAGACAAAAAAUAGACAUUCGAUAACACCAUAAAUGCAAAAAGUAUUCUUUUCAAAUACAGACAUUCAGGAAUGUGUCCGCUAUCAGUCUCCAGCAUUUCAAAAUACUUCCAUACAGUUGUCACAUCCCCAUCACCAGUUAUGCAUCACCACAUUGGCUGAAAAUUAUAUCAGCAUAAAUGUUCAUAUCUAUUGAUACAAUGCCAAUAAUAUCAUGCAUGUCUUGCAUCAUGCAUAUCAGCUGAUGUAUUGGCCAAUGAUAUACAAUUAAUUGACUCAAUUAAUAGGCCCAACCAAUUAGGGCUGGGCGAUAAACGAUCACAAUAUAUAUCAAAAAUUAAUUUCCCUCAAUAUCAAUAUAAGACAUGGUCAAUACGCUUUUCAACAACCACCAUUCUGCCAUGUUUUGGUAGACUAUAUGAAUAGCCAAUGAAAAGGAGAGUUGCUCUGGAUCCGCUUCGCACUGAACCAAUCUUGCUGAAUUAGAAACAAGUAGCAAACAACUGCAUAGUAGCAGGCUGCAGCUACACGCAACUAUAGCACUUUAACACGUGAAGCUGACAGCACUGUUGGUGAGGAAAAAAGAAAAUGAGUGCUACCCUCGGCAGAAAUGCAGUUGAAGGCUCAACAGAUGAUAACAUCAUCGACAACACUGGCAUGAAAACGUCAGUGGUGUGGAGGUAUUAUGGUUUUUUGAGGUCGGACAUGAAGCAGAGUAAUGUGCACUGCAAAUUAUGGCGAGUACAUGUUCUCGCACAGUCAGGGAAUACCUCAAAUCUUUUUCACCACCUGAAGCAGUGCCACACAGCAGAGCACACGCAAUGUAAAAGGUUACAAACCCUGAGUGGAGUAAGGAGCCCAGGGUGCCUGUGCAGCCGAAACAGCCGACCAUUCAGUCUGCUUUCUUUAACGCAACGCCUUACGACAAAACAUCCAAGAGAAACAAAGACCUCACAGAUGCAGUUGCUUAUUGUAAUGAAAAAGACAUGCUUCCAAUAAUCACUGUUUAAUGUCAUAUUUUAUAUCGUGAUAUCAAUAUCGACUAAUAUGAAAAAAAAUAUAUUGAUAAACUUUUUCUCUUAUCGCCCAGCCCUACAACCAAUUAAAUAUUAUAUCCCUAUCUGAUAAUUUUGUGCAUCUGUUUCAGCAUAUUCCAGGAUAAUUUGAUCACCAAUCUGUACUAUUAACUUUAAUUGGGUCCUCAUAAAGUAGCUUCUUCUAAAACCAGAAAGAGGUUUUUGUCCUGAAAUUAUGCCAAGCUUGAUUAUCAAAGGUUCAUGUUUCACGUCAAACCAUAUGAGUAAGACUGUGGCUUUUACCUCUGAAGAGCACUGUAUCAUCAUAUCAUGGUAAUUUAAUCUGUGAAUUUUUCCGCACAAUGUGACUUUUAUUAAGGUGGAACAGAAACAAACAGCUGUUCAAACUUGCCUUGUGCCAUACAAAGGUAGAGGUAAGGGCCUGCAGAUGGAAAAACUGAUCAAGUAAAAGACAGGAUGCAGAGUGAUGGAGAGACAUAAAGGGAGGCAGGCCGAGCGAGUCUGAGCUGACCUUGCCAUGAUAAUCUAAUCCCUGUCGAGAGUGCUUUUUUUAGAGAGCAAGUUAAUGCUAGCAGAUUAUACUCCAGUGUGUCCCAUACUAGCCAAUCCAAACUUAAAAGAGAGUCCACCUUUAGUGAAUCUCAACACCUGCAAGAGAUAAAGUAGCAUCCGUGUUUGCAGAGUUAUCUGAUCUCUAGAAACCUCUAAUCACAUUUUUUGGGGUGUGGUGCAGUCUAGUUUUUCACACUGUUGAGGAGACAUGAUGCUACAUUAACAACAGGUGAAUCCGAGCCAAGAAUACCCCCCCUCCUUCAAUACUUCUUCCAUCUAUUUGCCUGGCAGCACUAAGGGGCAUCCAUGAUAAAAGGCCACUCAUCGAGCAGCUCAUCUCAUGCUACCAAGAGUAAUCCCUAUAUGUUGUGUAACCAAGUGCCGAGUUGGAAAGGAGGGGGAUGGGCACAAUCGGGUGUAAGUUUGUCUGUGCUUGUGACUGUUGAGCUCAUAGCUGUCUAAUCUCUUAGGUACAUUAGGCUGUUCGCCCACGGUGCUGCAGCUUCUUCCCUUUCUUUAUGCAAUUAAGUCACUCGAGGAACAGGGUUUGUCUCAAACACUAUCUUAGACUAUCGCCUGGGUUUUACAUUUUUACUAGAGUACGUCGCAAGGAAGUAUUAAUUAACUGGGGUGUUUGGGUGCAUCUUUAUGAUAUUGUAAAAAAAUGUGGACCAGUGACACUUUAUUUCUGUGACUGCACAGGAAGUUAAAUUUCACAGUGACCAAGACAGAACAAAUGCAGCAAGCACUCCUCUGUUUUAUCAGACGUAAAGCUCCUGUGAGGUGUUUUUUGAUGUUAAUGAAAUGGACUUAAACUCAUAUUAAUGCCUUUUUAUAUAAAACAAAAUCAAGACCAUAAAUGACCAGAUUGGUUAUUUUCUUUAACUGUUAAGGCCUUUAGCUGGUGUGUUAAAUGUAAGUGGUGCAGCCGAAGAAACAGCCCUGCUUUUAACAUUCCCCACCUUAAAGCUAUUGUAACCACUGACACGAUUGACCAUUUAUAUAUAUUUUUAAUUUCAGUGUCUGUAACUGCUGCUUGCAUUGCCAGGUUCUUGCUAAUAAAUUACUUUGGUUAAUAUCAUGUGCACAUAAACUGCACAGAGUAGUGCUCAGUGGAAAGUGCGAUAUGUUUUAGCCUCAGUAUCACUUUCAUCCUGUUACUGUUUCUGCAUUUAGCUUUAAGAUAGUUGUUUUACAGUCCUGAGGUAUUGUAGCCUUUUAAGACUGAUUGGCUGUGGAUGGAUGUUUUGAGUCCAUCAUUUGUGCAGCCCGAUAUCACAGAAUAAGGAAAUUCUGCAUUAUUUGAGAUAACCUACAUGAUGUCCUGAAUAGGAUGUGAAGGCUCUGUAUUUGCAUUUCACCAUUACCACUAAGAGGCCAUCACAGUCCGGCUGUUAAGUCAGCAGAGAGAUAAUUCUUAACCUUAUUCAAUUCAAUUCAGCUUUAUUUAUAUGGCACUUUUCAUACAAAAGAAAAUGCAAUUCAAAGUGUCUCACAGAGGCUAAAAACAACAAUAAUAGAAAAACCCAACCCUUCCACCCACACACACACCCACCCAUGGACCCACACGCACACAAAGACACACACCCACCCUCACUCACCCACACAUACACAUUACACACACACACGACCGCAGACAGUGUGAGAAUUUCAGAUAUAUUGUUAAAGAGACACGGCCUGACACCGAGACAUUACAUGAGGAAACAGCCACCUUUAACACUGGAGAUAAAAAUAGAGAUAAAAAUGGUGAAAAGAGUAAAACCUGAUGGACUGGAAUAAGAAAAUAAUAAUAUUAAAUGAACAACUAAGUAAAAGGGGUAAAAGAAGUAAAAACGUGACGGAAAAUUAAGAAAAAGACUAAGAACAGAGAUAAUAAAUAGAAUGACAUAAAAUAAACAUUAAGAACUUUGAAUAAAAUGAACAUUUGCAAUAAGAGAAAUUUAAAAUGGCAAUUAGUAAAAAGCCUGCUUAAAAAAGUGAGUUUUGAGCCUCUUCUCAAACAUAUCAACAGUCUCUGCGACCCUGAGGCUCUUUGGCAGGCUGUUCAACAACCGGGGACCAUAAAAAUGCUGCUAUGCAUGUUGUCUAGUGAACAGCAACUGCUGAUACCGAUAUUAAACAUGCAGAUAUAUAAUGCCAAUAUCACAUUGUUGCCAAUAUAUCAGUUUAUCUCCAGUGUCGUCCAUAUUUAUUUCUUUUAGGAGUUCAUUCUUGUGAUGAACUUGAUUAUGAAAGAGGUGUUACCCUAAAAAGUGAGCUGUCCUCUGAGUUUACCGUCCAAAACUUGAAUAUAUUAUGGGCAUGAGCAAGGGGGAGAUCCUGAAGGUAUUAUAACCUAACGCAAACAAACAGCAUCCAAAAAAUCUUAAAAAUAUCAAUCCAGAAUUCUUGAAUAAAUUGUCGGCUUAUUAGUCUUUAUUAGACAGAAAAGCUUGAAGGAGAGACAAGGACUAAGUGGAGAUAGUUGGAAUGGCAUGGAACAAAUCCAGGGAUUCACAAAAGACCAGUGCAAAGAGGACUGUAGCAUCUGUACAUGGUGUGCCUCCUUCAUCAACUGACCUUAGCUUGCAGCCUGAGUGUGCAAAAUUCUUGACCUGAAAAAAAGCAAACAAAACAAUGUUGGAAAAAAUUACUGUGUGCAUAUUUGCAUUGGCUGAAUCCUAAACUUAAUCACACAGUCUGGCAAAAUAUGGACGGUAAUUUAUGGAAGAAAAUGUAUUUCAUUGGUUUACAUUACAAAUCGCUCCACGGUCAUUAAAAUUACUAAUGACCUCAUUGGUUAACUCUAACCCUGUGCUGUUGAGGCCUCGGUCAUUUCUUCAAACUUUAAAUCUGAGCGUUUUUGCCUCCUGUGUCAGACCUUAAUGUAGAGUGUGUUAGCUCAUGUCUGAUAAUAAUUCAACAUGUCCGAUCAUGCAAGUACCUGGAAGUGCGUGUCAGCUCCCUAACAUCUGGAAGGACUCAUCUUUGAAUGCAUCAGCAGUGAAUCAGCAGAGAAUUCAUUUUCUGCCUACUUGCCCCAAGCCUCAAGAUCAGGAACAUGUUUUCUCCCUUACUCUGUACUAAUAUUUUACUAAGAGAAGAUCUUUAAUAUGUAGAAAUUAGAUUCUAAACACUAUUAUUUUUUUGUUUUGCAUUUAAAGCAACCCUUAUCUUUAAAAAUUUGAAGGGUCAAGGGUGCAAACUGACUGGCAUUGUUUCAUCAACAGCGGUUUGCAUACAACUGCAGCUACCAGGCUGAAUCUUACAGGAUGGUUAACGAAGACAGUAAGCAAAUUAAGAAAUACAUUACUGUGAUCUAAAGCUUGUAAUGUGGUGCACCAGAAUAAUAUGAAUGAAUUCUUGUUUUUUUAUGAAGGGAUUUCCUCAAAUAUGUUAAAAUAUUUGUAUUUUAAAUUACAGUCCAGAGGAAGUGGAUGUUUUUCUGAGCAUUUAUAAUAUCUAUCUAAAAGCUGGCACAACGCUGAAAAAAUCCUAACCCAGUGAUUUGAUUUUUUUGUGCUAUGUGUUUGCAGUGAUUGGAAACAGACAGGAUUAUUGGACACAUAACAGUAGAUGGGAGCUGAGGCUUAGAGAGUGGCUGUGGCUCUGAAAACUAGCAUAAGGACAGUCACAUGCUAUCUCCAGUCAGGGGUAUGUUGGCACAGGCUUGUUGCUGGUUGUUGAGAGUAUUUGGAUGACUUCAGCUUCCACACAUACACACAGAGGCAUAGAUGCAUGCACAAGCACUAAGGUUAACGUGCACUUGCUUCAGCAGUUGCAGGAUUUUGCAGGGACAGGCCUUGUGGAUGUUUCCGUGCACGGAAAAGCAAGUGUGUGUAUUUUUGUUUGAUGGAUGCCACAGUAUCCUGCAAAGUGAAUUCAGGGGAAAUUCUAUUUCCAGAUCCUGGCAGGAAUUUACACUCACAGUUUCAGUGCAGCAGCCCAGCACGCAGGCCGUGCACAUGCACACACGACACACUGACAGUGGAUAUUUUCAUGCAAGUGCACAUGCACGCACACACAUCACAGCACUCAGCAUCAGUGCCCUGACCAUAGGGAGUUUGUGCUGAGCUGGUUGGGACGUCAGGAUGAAUCAAUGCGAGGACAGCUGACUGGACAUGCCUAUUCAUCUGCUAAAGAAAAGAGAGAGAAAAAGAGAGCGAGGGAUUCUAAAAGGAAUGAGUUAAGCCCUGGAGCAACAUGUUCAGCUAUCUGCAUUACUUUACAGAUCCUCCAAAGAGCUUUUAAUAAUGGGAUGAUAAAAGCAGAGGAGGUGGAAAAUAGAGAGACAAAACUGAAAAAAUACAAACAAGAUGAUUCAAAUAAACUCACAAGGUCAAUUUUGUUGAAAAUACAAAAAGAGAUGCAUCUUUACUGAUAAAGGAGUCACUACAAGAUAGAAGUCACAUCGGAGUUCAUCAUAAGACAGUUUCUUUAUUGUGAGCUUUCAAGAAAAGAUUCCCACAUAGGACAUAAAAACUUGCCUUAUGCCUUUGCUAUUUUAUUUCCUGUUAUGAGGACGAUCAUGCUUUUAUUUUGAAAGGAGAUAUUAGGCACUUCCACUACAUGUUACCUUAUGGAGUAAAUGUAAACAGCUAAAAAUGCAUUUAAAAUGAUUUUUAAUGUGUCUUGUUACUCCUGCUAAGCCCUAUCUAAGGUUUAUAGAAAUAAAAGGCCUUAAAACCUUUUUAAACUUGUGAGAGGUCUUCGGUUUUAGAUAAGUUUUUUAUAUACGUAUGUUUGAGUAGUUCAUCAGUUCUAUAAUCCCUUAAUAAAUUUGCGUGAUUUUCUUUUCUUUUUUUUUAAGUAUUCUUUUGGUGAGUUUUUGCCUUUAUUGAUAGGACAGGUUGGAAGUAUGGGGAGAGAGAGAGAGGGGGGGGAGGACAUGCAGCACAUGGUCAGGGCCAGACUUGAACCUGCAACUGUAUGGUUGGGGUGCACUAACCUGCUCAGCCGUCUGCGCGACCCAAAUUUGUAUGAUUUUUUAAAAAUACUAUUUUAAAAGAUUUCUUUGUUCUUUAAGACUGGUCACUGGAUUCAUUUAUUUGAUUAUGAUGUUCUGCUCUCUGAGCAUAUUGAGCUUUUAGUUUGAUAGGAAUCAUCGGCCAAUAACACUUCCUUUUCUCUGUAUCUUGUUGAAAAUUUUUGUAUUUACAUUAUGAGUGAAAUGUAACAACAGGAUUGUUUCUUCAGCUGCAUCGCUAACACCUCUCUACUCACACCAGUUCAAAUGUGUUUAAAAUGAUAACAGAAGAACCGUCAGUCUUGUCCCUGAUGCUCUUGUUUGCGUUUGUAUGUCAUAAAAAAGCAUCUACAUGAGCUUCAUCUUAUUUUAGAGACAUAGGAGCCUCAAAGUAGUUGCUGGUGUGAAUUCUGAUAAAUUAAUGUGGUGGGUGAUUUUUAUUUGGUCAGGUCCUAAAAACAUCCUCCAGAUUCUGGAUUAAAAAGCAUGUAGGAACCCUGAAAUAGCACACUCUAAGCAUGUAGGCUGCUUUAACAAAGGCAUAAGCUCCCACUCUAGAGGCGCCUAACUCCACACUGAUGGCCUGUUUAUUCCAAUCUGUUGCCCUGAGCUCUCUGACUUUAUCCCUAUUGUGUUAAGAUAUUACAUUCACCUUAACCUUAACCCCUUAAUUGCCACCCUCCAGUUUCUCUUGCACAUCCUCCCCCUCUCUUGGAGAUAGUGUGUGCCACAUUGCCCAUGCACUAAUCUGAUGGCGUCUGCCUUUCAAACACCUGCUAUGUUCAGGAAAAAAAAAAAAAAAAAAAACCCUCCUAGACUCCUCCCAUAGUCCAGAUUCAGCACCCACUCCAGCGUGAGCGGAUCAGCACACAUGACCACAUGCAGUCAGGCACGCAGGCAGGCAGGCAGGCAGGCAGGCAGGCAUACAAACAGAUGCAGAAACAGAUAAUUAGACGUACAGCCUCGAUCCCUGAAAAUCAUGCCGGAGUCAGCAUUUUCUUAAACCUUGUAUGUUUUUGCUCACUGAGAAGACAAACUGGAGUGCUCUUUUGUCCCGCCUCUCUGCCCAGACAUUUAUUAGAAGACAGUGACGUGUAGGCCCAGGCCUCUUUGCUUUAACAAUACUCCUCUCGACCCCCCAAUGAGGGGUGGAGGGCCAGACAUGAGGCGAUGUGACAGUUCUGGUGCGGUCGACACAAUAGCAGGUUUUUCUUUUGACUGCCUGGCUGGCUACUCUCCACAGUCUAGUUUCUUUCACUGUUAACAGUCUAACACAGAGCCGAGUUAGCCUGGGGAACAUGUCUGUGCCACAUAUAUUUAUUUAUCGUGCUAAUGUGUUUUACAUCCUCCAGGUCUAUCCAGAUUUUUAGGGCUUAAUCAGAUUCUUGAGGGUCAUCUCUGUUGUCUCGCCUCUGUCAUAUUUCUACUGCUUUUUUAAACACAUUUAUAUACAUUUUACCUCAACCUUCAGUCUUAUUCUAGCACAGACUCAGAGAAAUGUUGGUGCGCCUGUGUUAGCUUCUAAAAACGAAGUUUGUUGAUAAUGGAUUAUUGAUCGUGAAUUAGAGUGGGCCGCCCCUCAGGGUUCAUCCUGGUCAGCCAGGAAUGAAUACAUCUCUUCAUGCUCCACCUCACACACUCAAUUUGGGCAUAGGAAACCAAAGGGCAGACACGCACACGCGUGUUGAGACACUGGGACGUGCUCUAAUAUGCACAGACAGGCAUCGCUCAUCCACCCAGGGACAAAGGUUACUCUAAAAUCUGUGUGAGGCAAACUGUCUCAGAGGUCUUUUUCCCUGGGAGCAAAUUUUUUCCAUAGAAACUGAGUCAGACUACAGUGUUUGUUAUAAAAUGAUGAUGGGGUGCUGUCGGGGGCUAUACAUAUUCCAUAAAUAUGAAAUAUAUUCAAAAGGCCUGUAUUUAAAGCUCCAGUGUAGAGUUGUCUGAUGUUUAUGAAACACUGAAAUUCAUACUGAUGCCUUUUGAGGAUAAACCAAAAACAAACAGGACCAGCAGUGACUGAUGGUUAUACUGUCAUCUUUUCAGAAUAAAGCAAAAGUUCCUCACAACAACUUGAAGCAAGUUUGCAUUUGAGUGGGCUGUGGUGUGUCCUCUCAUACAUUUAUUGAGUUAGCUCUGUUGUUAGUAUGUGAUAAUCUGGUUCAAAGGUUGUUUUCUUUGCAGGCUUAAGUUUUGAAGUUUUUUUAGUUUAAAUGUCAUGAGUUUAAAUGGUUUCAUGUAUUCAGAUGUAUGUAUUAUUUGUUGUGUAUAUUCUAUUGCAUCGGGUCGAGUAAGUCUUGAGAUGAAAGUUGCGUGAUGCAGUGACGUCAGAGUCAAAAAAAGAGAAAAAUAAGUGUUUCUUGUUUUAUCUUGUCUCACUUUUUACUUGGUGUUUCUUUUGAAACUUUACAUUCUAUAACUUACUGUUGCUAAAAAUAGUCUCAGCCACAUCAUUUGCAACUUCUCUUGAAUUCAUGACAGCAAUAAUACUGUCCCUUUCCUUUUCUGAUGUGUAUUUGACUCAAAGCUAACGCGGCUUUUCUUUUUUUUUUCAGGUCUUCUCGCCAAAACAGUCUGUGUCUGGAUGAAGACGGUCUCUAAAAACCUGGAUGGAUCCUAAAGCUGUUGUGUUUUUGGUGCCUCAUCUGAGAACUUGCUAGCUUUUGGACGACACAUUUCGCAGAGUUAAAGAGUUUAUUCCAUAGCUCGGGUUUUUUGACACUUUAGUGCUCAGAGAAAAGUAAUGGGGACAGAAGAGGGGGAGGAUGCCUCACAGAAACCCACGGCUGAGGUAAAGACAGAAAUAGAAGAAGAUGUGACCUCUGGCCACACCUGUGGGGUGUGCGGGCGCAGCUUUCCACUGCUCAGCUCUUUGUCUCAGCACAUGAGACGACACACACGGGAGAAACCGUACAAGUGUCCGUACUGCGAACACAGGACUGCCCAGAAGGGGAGUCUGAAAGCCCAUAUUCGAAGCCACAAACUAGGUCUGUUCAGCCAGAACCUCAGCGACAAGGAGUGUGAAAUGGAGCAAGAGCUCAAAGCCAACACAGAGGUUUCAGACCCUCCUGAUACUGACUGCACAUCUGCCAAAGCUCUCAGAGUCAACGGGAAGGUAAAGAAGAAAGAAACCAAGAAAAAGGUGAAGGGUAAAGAAAGUGCUGCGGCCGAUAGUGAGUCCUGUUCCUGCACCAUCUGUGGCCAAGUCUUUCCUCAGGUACUGCUCUUGAAAUCCCACAUGAAGAGGCACCGCAGCUCCCAGGAUCACGGCUGCAGGAUCUGUGGUCGUCGUUUCCGCCAAGCUUGGUUCCUCCAAAGUCACAUGCGCAUUCACCGGGUCAAAGCUCAGCUAAAAGGUGGCAAGAGCAACGAGCCACCAGCCACGAUAAACGGAGUCCCUCAGGACCCGGCGUCGCUCAUAAACGAAGAGUGCCUCUAUGAGCUCUGUGCCAGCUGUGGGAACUUCUUUUCCGACCGCAAGACACUGCGAAUUCAUGAAAAACUGCAUAAAGUGAACCACAGCCGCACUCAGGCACCAAAUCCAACACAGGAGGACACUGCUGAAGUACUCGACACGAAGAGACAGUUUUUAGAAAGCUUGAACCUCACCGGUGUUGGAAAAACAGAAACUUCUGAGGAGAAGAGUCCAGGUAGACGCAUCCCCGAACUGGAUCCAGUUUGCAGCUACCAAGCAUGGCAGCUAGCCACAAAGGGACGACUGGUUGAGGUCACAGAGAAAUGCCUCGGAUGGGAGGAGAGGCUUGCAGAUGCUGAGGUGGCAUAUGACACAGAAAAGGGUGAGUAUAUCCCCCUGAAGCAAGAGAAGAAGAGGAAGCAAAUCGACGUCCCUAACUCCAAAAUUAAGAAGAUAAAGGGCGAUACGAGCCUGGAUCAGACAUCGAACAGCUCAGCUCACACUAAAGGAGGAGAGAGGAGGAUUUGCCAGAAGGAUCGUAUUCUGUUGAACGGACUGGGUCAUGCUUUUUAUGAGGCACUGCAGAAUAAGAAAGUCAAAGACGCUCACUUCACAGUGAAACAGACAAACAACAUCAGGAGCCAAGUGCAGGAGGGUAAGCCAUGCACACGCGACAUCAUAUUCACUGUGCUGUAGGAGUGCUGCAAUAUAAAGAGGAAAUCCAGUUCAGUUCCACUGGGCCCUUUUUUUUCUAAUGAGAGGAUGGUGUGUUUGUGGACAUGCAGGCUCAGACUUCUUGUGACAAAAACUGCAUGUUUUAUAUGUUCAGGGUAGUCUCUCAAUGAAUAUUACUUUCAGUUAAAGUGAGGCCUUCAGUAUGCAAACUCAACUCAAGAACAUCUCUUUAAAAUCUGAUCAGAGCAGCUAAAAUGUAGCAUGGCCAUGUGGAAAAGGGAGACCUCUGGUGGUUUUCUUUUAUGACUGCAGCAACAGUGCUGCACUUUUUGUGCUCCAGGUAUUCUCCACAGUUGAUAGGAGUCGAGUGAUACCUGUACUGAAACAGAUAAUUAUUAUAAGUUAGUGAAGAUGAGAAGAAGUGUGUACAGUGGACAGCAGCACAGAGGACAUGAGUGCACCAUCUUUGACCUUGUGGCAGAGGAUGACUUUUUUUCCGCAGGCUGCCAUUAAAAACGCAGAAAUCUGACCAUAAAGAACAGCUGUCAGAUUUAAACUUUGAGUAGUUGUAAGUUGUAUUAUUGAACCAGCAAGUAAACACAAGAAUAGUAGCACUAUGAUCCAACAAACUACAGUAGGAUAAAUAAUCAAACCGUUUCAAACGUUGACAGUGAAAGUGAGGCUUUCAGUGUGCAAAGGGAGCUUUUUAAUCAUUUUAAGGUAGCCCAUGUCGUAUUUGAUAUGGUAAUGCAUGUCAUACUACAAAAUAUCCUGCGAGACAGAGAAAGUGUUUGUUUUUAAUAUUAUAUUGACAUUUACUUCGAUCUGUAAAGCCAUCACAGUCAGCAGAACCCUCCUCAUUCUUCCUGUAAGUCAGUGUGGUGUAAAUGUCUCUAAACUUCAUCCUGAUCAUGUGUCCUUUGUGUUUCCUGCACUGCCUUGUGGAUGUGAUGUGGAGGGGAUGGUCUCUACCUGAGGAUAGUCUGGUUUGCCUAGAGUUUUUGGUGCUUUAUCAGCCCCUCAGUCAAAUUAAGUGCAUGUCCAUCACUUUGUCUUUUUUGUGCUUUCUCACAGAUAAAAAAUCAUACUUCUGCGAGCACUGUGAUUUCCACUGUGGCGACGCCUCACUACUCAGGUCUCACCUGCUCCGGCAGCACCAGGACUUCCUGGGCCCCUACAGCAAACACAUCACUAUUUUGGACAACUUUAACCAAACCGGAUCCAAAGCCUCAAAGUACAUGGACUACCUCAGAAACAGGAGCGCACUGCUGAGUCAGCCAUACUGGAAUCCUUACACGUGUCCACCUAUUCAGGACGUCAAACCAGAGAAGUCAAAUGGCACUGAGGUCAAAGGGCAGGAACAAACGUCUACUGAUGCUGGAAGUCUUCUUAAUCUGUCCUCAUCACCCUUAAAUGAAGGAGAAAGCACUGUAAAUCAGACGGUUAAAAAAGAGGGUCUGGUGAGACAUCAGUGCCCCUACUGCUCCCAUACCAGCACCUACCCAGAGGUGCUAUGGAUCCAUCAGCGGGUUGCACACAGAGUGGACGGUAGUAGCUCUGUGGCACCCAAGUGGGCCCCCUGCACUGUCAGCCCAAAGAGUUUAAAGGCAAGUGCGACCCCCUGGAGACGCACAGGACCACCGCCAUUCCUCGAAGGCAAAGACUGUCCCACUUUACCCACUCCAAGAACUCAGCGCACACAACCUCCAGGGGUCACAACGCAGGGCAGCGGCAAACAGUCCACACCCAAGACCCAAUCAGGAGUCCCAAAGUCCAAGGUGAAGGAUUCUCGUUCUUCAGAUGGGACACAAUCAAGCGAGAGGACUAGACUCUUAUCACAAAAGAAGUCUGGACAUCACCGGGUAGCGGAGGGGGAAAGCAAAAGUACCCAAGCUACAUCAUCGAGCAGUACUGUUCACAGCAAGGGUGCCACCAGCUCCCAGUCCACCAGUAGACCCAAAUACAGAAGCCACAGAGCUGUGGUGGAAACAAGCUUUCCACAGGAGGGUUUGGGUUUUAUGUUAGCCAAAAAUCAUGGUGGGACUUCCUCCAACACCCCAGACAGACACCACCAUCGUAGACAGUCAUGUGACUCAUCCUCAGGUCCAAAAGGUCCUAACCUGUGGGCUGCCAUGAACAUGUGGGGUCACAAGGCAUAUCUAGAGCCACUCCAGUUUGCUCAGGGAAAGAGUGAAGCAGUGGGAGAGACGCCCAUGGACAUUGAUAUUUUGAGUCUCCUGAAAAACUACAGUCCCCAAGACCUGGCUGCUCUUUACCAGCACUGGGGGUUUGUGGACCCUAGGAUCGACCCACAAGGUGAGAGUGAUCUUUGAUUUAAGGGUCCCUGAUAAAACUAAAGAUAGAUGAUAAACCUUCUACAGUUAAAAAGGGUUACAUAUGUGAAAAUCCUCUUUUUAUACUCCUCUUUUACAGCAAUGUUGCAGUUAAAUGGAAAUUAUGGAAAAGAAGUCCAUCCCACAUCUGAUGCUUCAAAACAGGUAACUAUUGUUCAUUUUCACAAACAUAAAUCUCAAAACAGUCCCUUCCAAUAAGACAACGUCCUGUAAAAAAAAAAAAAAAGCCAAUUUAAAAACCGAAUGAGUGAAAAAUUAUCUUUAUAUAUCCACCUGAAAAUAUAAAAUUGAUUAAAUCACACAGAUGAAAACUAAAGUAUAUUAAAAUACAACUUAAUUUGAUCAUCAUCAUGAUUGGAUAAAGCAGAGCCUUGGAGGUCAAAUAUAAGGAGUGCAUAUAACAUGGAUACAUCUUCUAUCACAGUUAAAUGUGUUACACAGUUGAAUCCAGACUUUUUUCAUCGGUUGUUCCAUGAUCAGGAUCAGUCUUUAUUUCUUUUAUUCUCAUGUAUGUAUGUACACUACAGGCCAAAAGUUUGGAAGCAAGGCCAUUACAGGCCGAACAGUUGGGAGUAACUUCAAGUUUUUGUUCACAAUGCUUUUUUUAAAUCCAGCAGGAGUUUUAUGUAUUUUGGGAUGUAUUUACUCCAUGAUCAGAUGUUGCUUUCAUGGAAAUGCACCAUUUUACUCCAUUUACCUUUAGAUAUACAUUGAUGUUAACAGACCAUUGCUAAAUAUAUGUCAGCAAAAGGAAAUAAGGGCUUAGUUUUAGGGUCAAAAACAUUUGCAAGAGUCACAACUUCAGUGCAAAAGCAAAAAAACAAAUCACAUUUGGAUUAUUCACUUCAACUUUUUGGCUUUUGAGAGUCUGCAUACAAAAAUCCUAAUAAAUCUCAACUGCGUUCAAACUACUGAAGAAAUAACUAGAAAGAAGCAACUGAGUAAAGAAACAAAAGUACAGAUUUGUACAUUGAGGAAAGAAGGAUACACAGAAAGAGAAAUUGCAAAACGCCUAAAGGUGUUUAACAAAGAAGUCCACUACACUCUGAAGAGACUAGAGGAACCUGGAAGUUAUGAUGAUAGAAAAAGGCCUAAAUGAAAGAGAAUUACUACAAAAGCAGAGGAUAAACAUAGCAUUGACACCAGUAAGAGAGAUCGGCGAAAGACAGCACCACGAAUAGGGGAGGAAAUCAACAUGACAAGGUCGAAACCCAUAUCUCUGACAACUGUGAAAUGACGUUUGAGAAAGGCUGGUCUGAAGGGUUGUGUAUCUGCAAAAAACACUACUUCAUCCACAGAACAAGAAAAAGAGAUAUGAGUGGGCAAAAGCUCACAAAAAUUGGACUUAUGAUGACUAGAAACAAGUUUGAACUGUUUGGUUCAAGACGCAGAGUCUAUGUCCGCAGACAAACUGGUGAACGUCUGAAAGCACCAUGUGUUACACCCACAAUUCAGCGUGGAGGUGGUAGUCCCAUGGUAUGGAGUGGGAGUAGGAUGGAGUAGGAGAUUUGUUUGAAUUAAAGGGUAUCAUGAGGAAGGAACAGUACCACUCCAUCCUCCAGCACCAUGCUGUUCCAUCUGGACUCAGACUUGUGGCUCAUAAGUUUGUUUUGCAGCAAGACAAUGACCCUAAGCACUCUGCCAAGCUCUGUCAGGGUUACCUAGACAAAAAAGAAGAGGAAGGUGUUCUUCAAAAGAUGGUUUGGCCCCCUCAGUCUCCAGACCUUUCUCCAAUUGAGCUUGUGCGGGAUGAAUUGGAUCGAUCGGUCAGAAAAACGCGUCCCAUGAAUCAGCAGUCUCUUUUUAAUAAACUUAAGAAAGCUUGGAAUGCAAUCCCUGGUACAUACCUUAAAAAUUUGUGGAACGAAUGCCUGGUAUAUGCCAAGCUGUUGUUAAAGCCAGAGGAGGUUCCUUCAAAGAAAGCAAAGUCUAAGAAACAAUAACUCAAAUACCUAAUAAUUAUAGUCAAAAUGUCUUCUGAUAAGUUACUCUUGACACAAUAGUCAUGUUUAUUGGGUCGCAAAUUAUAUAUGUGAAACUAUGAUCUUUUUUUGUACAAAUCUGAUCUUGCUUCCAAACUUUUGGCCUGUAGUGUAUGUAUGUGGCUGUUCUACAACCUGACCACUGACUUCUUCAAUCUGACUGUCUCUCCCUUCUCAUUAGAUGAGACAAACUUAGAUCAAAGAAUAAAGCAUUGUCAGUCCCCUGAGGGAAAACUCACCCUGCAUCUUCAUAUGGUGUGUCAUCAGCCUGCCAGUCAGGCUUACCCUGAUGCUACCUACGGCUGUCCAUGCUUUCUCCUCUUUUCCCCUUGAGUCAAAAUGUGGGCCACUUCUUAAACACCAUGAUGGGCUCUCAGUGUGUAGGGGUGAAGAAUUACAAAUCAGAUAAUACGGAUGAAAAAGCAUUACUUGACAUUUUAUUCUAUUGUUUCAUCAACAUUAAAAAAACAGAAUUAAUAAUUGAUAAUACUGUUAGAAUGUCAGACCAUGCCAUGCUUACUUCAGUUUGUUAGGCCUCAACAACAACACAAAUCUAAACCCUGAUAUAUCUAUCAUAAGGCUGUAUGAGCUCAUCCUGAAAUAGUUCCGUUAUUAACACCAAACUGUUUCUUUAAAGUAAAGAAAACAAACAUGGCUGAGCCAUAAAAGAAUAAAUUCAUCAAACUGGUGUGCCCCUGUCUUGUUUCCUCACAGGUUACCAGCCACUCAUCUUCCUCUUCAGGGUCUCUCCAUAAAGGAACAUGAAGAUUUGGGGCCGGUCCUGUCAUCUUUCAGUCCGCACAAUCUUGCUGUACUUUGAAGAAAUCAGCCAUAACUCCUAAAAGGACUGAAGCACACUAGGUGAUGCACAGUAUAUGCAAAACAAUAAUGUGGACUCUUUUUUUGUGAUGGAGUUUAAUUUGAAGUUCCAAACAGGGUUUUGUUUGUUACGAGUGUAGAAGUGUUUGGUACCAGAACACACUUAUUUCUGAGGUAGUUAGAGUUUAUUGUAAAAACAAACACAGCUGAGGUGGAGGUUAGGUGUGGAGCGACAUUUGCAUGGUGGGAUCUGAAAAAAAAAAUCCAACCUUAUUUUUUUAUGUUGAUACGAACAUUUUAUUUCAUUUUAAUGUCUGUAUUUAUGGUUCAGUUUGUUGUUUUCAUGAAGCCCAUAAGCUUAUUGAAUGCUCUGUUUUGAUUUUGGGUUCAGGACUAGUACUGUGUUAAUGCCUGAACAUGAAAUAAUGCACUUCAGCAUGACCUGGUUAACUGUAAUAUGUGGUUUCUUUAGAGUCAUCUGCAGUGCUUUGUUUUAAUCUCUUACUUUUAGUUCUAGUUUUCAAAUUCAGCUUCACAUUGAUGGUUUUAAAAUAAGGUCCUGUUUCUUUAGAGGCUUUUUUGGGUGGUUAUAGAGGAGCUUAAUCCAACCAGAAUCCAGCCUUUAGCAGUACAGACUUAUCGUCCCACUCACACUUGGAAAAGAAGAUGCUGGGCUGUGUUUUAGCCUCACACUGGAUGUUGUGAUCUUUAAGUGCUUCAGCCCACAGUCAUGAAAACCUGGAUUGACUUCAUCAAAAAAAGGUGUUCAAGUAAAUCCCAUUAAUGUGACUGAGUCUCCGUAUUUACCAAUAUCACUAAACCAUUGACCUUUGGCAGAAAAAGAGUUUUCACCAAAGGUUAAAAAAAAGAGAAAAAAAAGAGUGCCAGCGCCGUCAAAGUGACAUUUUUAUGGUGAAUCUUCUUAAUUAUUAGUUAUUGAUCUGAGGCUCAUUCCUGAUUGGCUGUUUGCCUGAUUGGCGUUUUAAUGUUUCAAAAUUUUGUUUUUUCUUUUAAUGAUGACUUUGGUCAGACACUUUCUGUUUAGGUCUUUAAAACAGAAAGUUCAGCAUAUUCAAAGCUACUUUACAGAGCUUUUGGUUUGUGUUGAUUUUGGCGCCCCCUGUGGACAAAGUGAUUCCUCUUUUUUUCUUGUCCUUGACAUGUAAAAUGGUAUUUGCAGAUAAGAAACUCAUCCAGUUGACUCUGAAAAAUUAAUUUACUAUGAGUAUUUGCUGUGAAAAGGUCAAAAUAGGAGUUGUCUGUCACUUAUCUUGUCUGGCACUUACCCUCCCUCAGCUAUUUUUAGCAUCAGAUAUUACCACAGUACCACAUGUUACAGAAGGUCUUGUUUACUUUUGAAGAUCAUAAAGAGGCAUCAGUUUUAGUCAGUUUUACAGCCAGUUUAAAACUUCUCACAGUAGCUUUAAUUGUCGCCACUUAGUUACUUGUUCAACUUCAAUGUUUUAUACAAGAUGAUAUUACAUGUUGUUCAAAGUGAGUUAAAGUAGAUGCGAUUAGUUGAGAUAACCCUUCUAGGUUUGGUGUAAGCAGUCAGUGUGAACAUGUCUGGCCACCACUACAAAAGUGCCCCCCUCCCCAACCCACCCCCAGUAAAAAAAAAACUGUCUUCCCAUGCAAGUGAAGUGAAUUAAAUGUAAACAAUCAAACUUCAACCGCAUUUUCCCCAGUCUGAAAUUGAACCUUUACGUCAAAUGCAAAAAGUGGCACUAUGGUCUGUAUCACAGAGAAUAUCCCAGUGGCAAAGUCAUCCAACUACUGCCAAAAAUGAUGCUCAGAAUAAAAAAAUCUACUGACAGUAACUGACGGUCUGUCUAACAAGUUUACAGUGAAAUAUGAUGUCCCAUUUUUUAUUUCAUUGCAGAAAUAGAUUUUUUCCACCCAUCAGAAAAGUAGAGUGACGUUUGCACUCAUCUAAUACUGUACUGAAGCGAUAUAAUGCUGUGAUUUUUAAGUAGAAACUGUAGCAAGAAUCAAUUCUACUGAUGUGGACUUCACUCACAUACGCCAGACGAGCUAAUGUAAUAUUUUUGUUUGACUUUUUAAAACUCAGCUCAUUCUGAAUUUAUUUUAAUGUGUUUUCUGUUUGAAGGUUUGUUUAGUAAGUUUUUAUUAUAGUUCUAAUUUACUGUAAUCACCUCCCAUAGAGAAGUAGUCUAUGCAUUCGGUAAUAAGCCAUCAUCUUGUGGAUUCUUGAGAGAAGUUGAGAAUUCACGAUUUAUUAUUGGAUUAUUGAUCUGUGUGGAAAUUGUUUUUUUUAAUACUGUAAAUGACUGUUUAUUUAAUACUUUUUUGUUUGUUUAUUGAGAGCGGGUUUUCAACACCUCAAAGUACUUGAUAUUUGUAGUAACAACAGAAAAUGUAAAAAAAAAAAGUGUUUGUUUCAGAGUGCAGGGUGUGUAAAAUGUGAUUCUCCUACUGACGGUGUGAUUUACAGCGAUCUGUAAAAACAAACCUGCAGGGAACCAAAAGUGAGACAGUGAAUUUAUGCAAGCUUUUAUGCACACUUACAGCGUAAAGUUGAGCUCUCACUGGUGUAAACAUGUUUCAUAGAUUGUUAUUAUGCUGUUACAGAAUUUCUAUUUUUACCAGUUCCACUUUUUGUCUGACUGUAAAAAUAUACAAAUAAAAUUGGUCAAUGUUCAUUUCCAUGAAAA